UCGCCUGUAGGAAAGACCGCCCCUGUCAAUGGCACAGAGUUUAGAGAAGGCAUGAUAUUGAUCUUUGCUGCUCUUAGAGGCAAAGUGAAGUUCUGAACUCCACGUAGGUUUGAAAGAGGUCUUUCUUUUUGGCAUCUGAAAGCCUACACUAGUAGUAAAUUGCGACGGUGGGCAGGAAGGAUCUAAAGGGCGAGAAGGAGGACACGCAACAGCGGUCCGGACAAAGGUCUGGAAAACCGGACUGUCCGGACGAAAUCCGGACAUCUGGUCACCCUCAUUGAAUAAUAUAUUAUAAUAAUAUAAUAAAACCGCAGAUGGAAGACUGCCGACAUCCGGCAAAAACAAUGAAAUGCAAAGAACCAUGGUUUUGUGUAUGGUGACUAGACUCCUACUGAAAGCCAGGAGGUCAGCCUACUGUGCCAGGCUUCUCCACACACAGAGUGUCUGUGUGUAUGGCUCUGCCCAGGGCUUCAAGCAGGAGGAGAUAGUGGAGAAGCUCAGGGCUUUCCCCGGGGGAUCUGUUGACCUCGUCCUAAAAGAGUCUGGUAUCGCAGUGCUAGUAGUCAAUAACCCAACUCGCAUGAAUGCUUUCUCUGGCACCAUGAUGCUGGAGCUGGAGGAGAGAGUUACCCAGCUGGAAGGCUGGAUGGAGGGGAAGGGUGUGAUUGUUCAGGGGGCAGCUGGAACGUUCUGCUCUGGGUCUGACCUGAAUGCUGUCAAAGCUAUAUCCAAUCCCCAGGAUGGGAUGAAGAUGUGCAUGUUCAUGCAGAACACACUGACCAGGCUGCUGAGGCUGCCCAUGAUGUCUGUGGCUCUAGUGGAGGGAAGAGCCCUUGGUGGAGGAUCUGAGCUCACCACAGCCUGUGACUUCAGGUUGAUGGCUCCUGGCAGUAGAAUACAAUUUGUCCAUAAACACAUGGGUCUGGUCCCGGGGUGGGGCGGAGCUGCCCGCUUGGUCCGCAUCGUGGGAAGCCAGAACUCCCUAAGACUGCUGGGUGGUGCAAUGAAGGUGGACCCAGAGCUAGCACUGCAGAUGGGCCUGGCAGAUGGGGUUCUUGGGGCCCAACCUGGGAACUACAAUACCAGAAACGGUACCAGUGCACUUCUGGAGGCUGAGAAAUGGCUGGAAUUCUAUGUCAAGGGCCCUGUCCCAGUAAUCCGGGCUGUGAAGCAGGUGGUGAUGUCAGGGAGAGAGCUCUCCCUACAGGAAGCAUUAAGAACUGAGAAAGAUGUGUUUGGGACUGUAUGGGGAGGGCCUGCCAAUCGGGCGGCAUUGGCUAGCAAGGCCAAACACAAGUGAUGCGGAGGGAGGAAAAGAAAACGACCAUCUGUUGUUUUGGAUCGGUUCUGCUUUUGAUGAACCAGACUUUCGACUGGACUAACAGGAAGAGGAAGGAUAUUUACACGGAAAUUCUUAAUGCAGUGGUGUAUUGACAUCCAUUGAUGUGGUAUGCAACCAAUUAUGAUGUUAGUAUGACUGUGUCAAAUAAACUAUGUUCUUUAC